GAAAAAACGGUCAGUUCUCGAACAUCACUUCUGCCAUGCGGAUGCAAGCAUGGUCAAAUUCAAUGCUUGUUUUUGAAAAAUCGCUCAUGUGCGAAUGAGUGACCCUUGACAAAGAUUAUUUUGGAUACUGAAUAUUUUUAUCUGAAGCAAACUCUAUUGAAAGUUUUCACCAUGAUAAUAGAAGACAGGUCCAGAAGUACUGAAGGAUUUCCCACCAGCGACUGGGAAGCAAAAAAUUCAAAGAAGGGUAUCUUGAGACCUCGCUUCAUGAGUGCUGCCGACUACGUCUUCUAUCUCCGCAGACACCUGGUGGCCGAGCGACGAAGGAAUGACCCCACUGUAGGUCACCCUGGGGACGAGACGCUGUCCGUCGGUAUACCCAGGCUGUCAUUCCUCCUCAGGAGACUCGAAGAAGAUAUCCAGUCCUCUUACCUCAGUUUUCUGGAAGAGUUCAUCUCAGACAUCCACGAGGGUAUCAGCUGCCUCCUCAACAUCCUCAGGACGUGCCAGGAGAGGCAGAAAGGGGCGGGGCUCUUCACGUAUGCCACUUGCAGCCGAGCCAAGCAGAGUCUCAUCAAUCGAGGAACGAUCGAUGAAUUUUACUGCUUGCUAUGUUUAAAAGCUUGUUCAAAGAGCUCGGGUGCUGUCGAAAAGAUAUCUUACCACAAGACGGGUCUUUCAACAAUAGCAUCCUGCAUCACAAGUUCUCACAUGAAAUCCAGAAUAGUUGCCAUCGAGCUUCUAACUGUUGUCUGCCGAGCUCCCGAAUUUGGCAACAGUCGCGUCUUGGAAGCGAUGACAACCAUUCGGAUUCUUUUUGGAGAAUCGGUCCGAUUCAAGUUUCUUGUGUCCGUCCUUAAUAGUAACAUCACCAGCUCGUCUGGCCUAGAGACCGUGACCUUCGUCUUCCUGAACACGAUGCUGGACCAAUGCACGAAGUUGUCGGAUCGUGUCAGGAUUCAAAGCGAGUUAGAAGAAGCUGGUCUGGACGUGGAUGCCUUAGAAAAGCAACUCAGACAGAAGUAUGGCAACAGUACACACCGAAUUUGGAGCGAAAUUCAAAAAUGGCGAGAGCUUCAGAUUGACCUGCAAGAUUCCUUGCAAAAGCAACACGAAAACAUGAAACUUCGCAAAGAGGUUCAGUUGUUACGAGAUGCUUUGAAAAGAUUACGGGAUGAGCGAAAAGGAAUUCUCAAUAUCCACAAGCAGCUGAAAGGCCAGUGGAAUAGCAUGGAACAGAGACUUCAAGACAUAGCUCUAAAGUCUAGAGUGAUGUCGACCCCAUCCACUUCCUCAUCCGACGAAGAGUGCGCUGGCAAUCCAUCCCAAAUGCAACGAUACACCCUGAAGCCGGAAACGAUCCAGCCGGACAUCCACGACUCGGAGUUGGAUGAGAUUCUCAUCGAUAUUCCGACCAUUCCAGCCGGAUCUAUUCUGGAUGUCCACAGCUCGGGCAAUCCGGGACUCAGAAUCCCUGACACGCCCCCUCCUUUGCCCCCUAACCAUCCCAAACUGUCCGAUUCUGGAAUCAGCAGCAAUUCGGCUCCGGACUCAGAACUAGAUACCAAUGACUGGCACUAUCCGGACGUACCAGGUGUCCGGUUGGAAAAGAGGCACAACAGUGUCAGGGUGAGAUUUUCUGAAGCAACCGUGGGUAGAAGGUCCAUUUCCAGUGGUGCUGUGUCAGACGUUCCUCCUGGCACAGUAGUCCUACAUCCAGGACAAAACAGAACCAAAUGCGCUGACAUCUUGGGAAUCCAGAACAUUCCUCCUCCACCCCUGCCUCAGCGACCCAACACACCACCCAAAGCGAACCAAAAGAAGUCUCACAAAAAGAGAUCUUUCUCAUCUUCACGAGACAAGAACAAAGAAAAAGGGAAGUCCUUAUUGCCUCGAUCUCUGCAAAGUGCCCAGAGUAAGGCCAGGACCAGCAGCAGUACCGGAAAUUUGACGAUGGUAGGGUCUGCCUCGAAUUUCCCACUGCCACCUGAGAAUGUGAAAUACAGCGGCAACAACAAGCUGUGGAAUAAGAAAUUGCCACCUCCUCAACAGAGACCACCAUCCCAGUUGGGUAGCAGCUUAGACGGAAUGAUACAUCGGGAAAUUGCAAAGGCCAUCAGAGAUCGCCACGCACUGUUUGAUCCUUGAAGAGGCUUAGAAAUAUUCAAGGCUAGGAAAAUGUUUUAAAAAUGGGCUUAGGAAGUUAAGAAAAAAUAUUAUCAAAUUGUUAGCUUAAUAAAGUUGCCCUAUUUUGGAACUUAAUAAAGUCAUCCUUUGGCGACAUCGGUAUGAUUGAGGAUUUCUAAUGUAAAUAUCCAAUGUGAAAGUGACUUCAGUGCUGUUUCAACCAAUCUAUAUAAUGGGUUUUUUUACAAUUGAAAAAUAUUUUAGCUAAUCAUAUAUUUUCGUAAACUACAGAAGGAAUAAAGGAAUUUGAUGGAAAUGGAUGAAAAUUUUCCAAACUUGAAACAUUUGCAUGUAUAUGAUUUUCUUUGUAGAUAAUCAAUGUGUCAUUGAUAUUACUAUUAUUUCGAUGAAGACUUACAUAAGAUGUAGAUAUCUACAUUUUCUGUAAUUGAAAUUUUUUUCAACAAACAGAAAAUGAAAUAAAAUUGUACUGUCAAACUCUAGAAUUAAAAAUACUGAUGACAUGAAAGAAAAUUUUUCCAGUUCUAAACGUUCGAAAAACUUUCGAAGAUACUAAAUACUGAACUUUCCAGUAUGAGACACUUUUAAAUAUAACUUAUGUUUCUACAAAAUAAAAAUGUAAAGCUAUAGAAUUCUGGAUUUUGUAAUGUUUUCAGCAAAAGAAACUGUAAAUUCAAGUACUUCCACGAACUGACAAACUUAAAAAUUGUAAUCACUAUAUGUCAGGAUUAAUUGUGAAGAUAUGUUCUUUAUAUUGAACAUAUAUUUUUGAAACAUAUAAACAAAAUAACAAGAAGAAAUCACAAUGGGAAAGGUCAUGUUUCUUUUUUAAAAUAAGUCUUUAUAAUUUUGAAGAAUUUUACAUCUGAAGUGUUUAUAUGUAUUAAAUUGCAGUUUUAUACUUCAGGUACAAUAUCGACAAUUUUUUUUAUAAAAUGUUAUUUAGUGCCUUCAAUUGUAAUGAUCUAUUUGUUUCUGAUGUUAAUUGUUUAUAUAAGGAAUUUUAUUCUUGUAUCAGAUGCGAAAGGGACGAUCUUAAAUAAAUAAAAAAUCUUUGAGAGAAUAGUAUUGGUUAUCCUUAUAAUCCAAAUCCUUAAAAUUUUUAAUUUCAUUCGGAAUUAACUAACCGCUGGUUUUCAAAGAAUCUAAGCUAAUUUUUAAAAUUGUGUUGAAUACGAAAUUUCCAAGAACGGAAUUAGACGAUGCAUAAAUGAUUAUUUUUUUUUUUAACUAAGGAUCGAAUCCUUAAUAAAUUGUUUUUCCGGAAGCAAUAUA